UGUUCAGGUAAACUGCAAUCUACCCGAAAAAGAAAAUGCUCCGUUUAAUCAUCACACUCGUCUUUCUCUGCUAUUUCCUGGCUGCCGUCGCGGGAGAUCCACAACGUUACUUUUUCCCAUCCGGUUACCAGAGACACUAUCUAUAUCCUUCGCCAGUGUAUCACAACAAUAAGCAGCAGAUCGAAUCGUCGUACCAGCCGCUGGGAUACUUCCGCAGUGGCUUACCUCUCCAAGAGGAAGAUCAACCAUUCGUCCACCGCAACCCGAAUCCCCGUCUCUUCCUCAAUUUAUUCACGAUGAGCAACGGAGGAAGCGCGUUGAUAACACUAACCUAUUCAACAUCGACGACAACGAAAACCAAUACGAUUACCAAAUUCUGUACUACCUCAACCGCAGCAUUAGUUACUUGCUCUCCGGCAGGACGUCGUCGUCGUGGAGUGGGCCGUCGUGGACUCUACCACGAUGAAGAUGAUGUAUCAGAGAACGUGCAAGACAUUGCCGCGUUACCAACUGUUUCGGAGCAACCUACUAUCACGGCUACUUUCAAUGAGGAUGGUGACAUUAAACGGGAAAGUGUAGGUGGAGAUGCUUCCGCAUACCUCCUUCCAUCCAUGUCCGGAAAUAACAACGGACGUCAGUUGAUUUCAUUCGGGGUGUCCACUUCAACGGUUACUGCGACUGCAACGUAUACUUCCGUCAUAAUUGCUGUUUGCGCAAGCACUAGCGGCUUCCCAACAUGUGCCUCUGGCUAAUUCAAAUGUCAAUUUACACCUGUCAACUACCGAGAUCCGUCCUCCUUCCCGUCUUUUUGAGGUUUCCUCCGCCCGCUAUCUGCUGCCGAACAUUGAAAAUUACACGUAAGAUAUGAAGCCCUGUUCUUUAUGCACUCAUCAUCAACUGGGUCAACACAGAAAAGACAAACUUAUGCUGCAUUUAUUUCUGUAUUC